CAAGAAUCAAACAACUUUAUAGUUGUCAAAGCAGGACGACACACGAGAACGCGUACAGAGUAGAGGAAAUAUGGAUUUGACUUGGAUAUUGUUAAUCUAUUCAUCGCUUGAUGUCGGAAGUUGGGGAGGCAAUGAUGUUUGCAAACAUAUUCACGAGUGCUGUCUUUAUAAAGACAAACAGUGUAAAAGGGAAACGUCGUCAGAUAUUUGCAAAGUCGAAUGCAGUAAAUAUCAUGAUUGUUCCACAAAUGACGUUCGGCUUUCGAAAGAAGGGAUUGCAUGUAAUGCAAAUUGUACAAAUGACAUUGGGGCAUGUGAUGUCGAAUGCAUCCCUGGACAUUACGGUACAAAAUGUCAUUUUGGAUGUAAUGGUAAAUGUAGAAUGCAUAAGUGUUACAGAGAUAAUGGCUCGUGCGUUGACGGUUGUGAGGCAGGCUACUUUGGAGAUAAGUGUGAGUCGGCAUGUAACAGUAAUUGCAAGGACAAAAAAUGUGACAGGAGUAACGGAAGCUGCAUCAAUGGGUGUUCUCCUGGCUAUUACGGUGAAGAUUGUCUUAGUAAAUGUGAAACAUCAUGCCGUUAUCACGUUUGUGAUGGGAAGACUGGCAACUGUCUUUUUGGAUGCACUGAGGGGUUCUAUGGGCUUCUGUGCCAAAAGACUUGCUCUGACGAUUGCUUUCUGUGCCAUCCUGAAAUUGGGGAAUGCAUCAUUGAUCAUAUUCCUGAGCUCGAGGGUACUCCUUGCACCACGAAGAUACUCGUUGUCUUUUGGGGGUCAGCUGGAGUGUUCAUCCUCCUUGCUGGAGCGGCAGUGUUGAUGUACAGGAGCCAAACUUGUAGUUACACUCACAAGAAAAAGAAGAGAGGAUUAGACACGCUGUUCAUAGAUACUAGAGCUCCAAUGGGCUUACCCAACGUGCCCAGUCAGGACACCAGAUCAAGCCACUAUGAGGAAAUCAUGUGUGGUGACACAGAUCGUCACUUUCAGCAUAUUAGUAAAAGUACGGGUAGUAUAAACCUGAGAACCUUAAUCAACACCAUGAAACAUCCAAACCAAUGCAACACCGCUAAACGUAAAAGAAACAGGGCAAACGUCGGGAGAAACGCAAUGUCACUUGCGUCAUCGGUGCACACAAUAGACAAUUUUCCAACGUGUUGGCUAGGAUCGGAGACUGAUUUUGAUGAAAUGUCGGAACAUCCUGAUAAGAAGGAAGCACCUCUGGUAAGAUCCCUUCAAGCUUCCCAGAAGGAAGCCGUGCGUUUUUCAGAUGCCCCAAAGGAUGAGGAUGAAGCAGAAGAUAUGGAUACAUCCGUGAAGGAAAGAGAGGGAGAAACUAAGUCACAGGCUGACGAUGUGCCAAGGGAAGAAGCUGGCAAGAGAUCCUACAUCUCCGCUGUUUUUAAUGAAACGGAUGAAGAUACAAUGAUCGAUGAUACAUGUAAAGGAAUAUAUCCGGGAUUGAAAAAGGAAGACUAAACAGCCUUGUUUAGGUGUUUAUUGUUUCUUUAAAAGGUUCAAAAUAGUUUGUGGUAAACAGUCUGAAGCAAAGUGCAUAUAUCUGUUGCAAGGGUGAUUUCAAACUUCAUAUCUUACUUCCUCUUCUCGAACGAGGUUGAUCAAACACGUUUGACUUUCUAGACAUUAAGCCUUUUCAGCGUUUCCAUUACAUCUGGAACGUUCCCUCAUUAAAUGGUCACAUAGAGUUCCACCAGGUGUUGACUGUAACAUUGAAGACAGCACAGAGAUUUUGCAUAUGUGGUCGCCCUUCUGUUUCCUGGACAUUGUUGGUCGUACAAUGUUUGUGAACCAUAUAUAUUUUGACCUUGACUUGAUGACAUGAUGACUUUUAGAGUAAUUCGUGAUGAUUCCAUUUUUAUUUGGUGAUAUUAUAUUAUUAAUUCAAAGGUCUUUUUACUCUAAUCAUUAUGAGUGCGAAAACGACGUGGGAACUUAUUUGUAUGAUACAAAUGCUUGAUUUCAAUUAUAGCUCUGCAUUUGUGUCGAUAUAACAUGAAUAUGAAGUUAUUUCUGUUGAACCCAGUAUGCGCUACAUGCUAUUUUAUAUCAAUAAAAUUAGUUUAU